GCCGCAUCAAUGUUACCAUCUGCAGAAGCCGCGAAAUUAUAUCAGACUAAUUACGUCCGCAACUCUCGUGUCAUCGGACUUUUGUGGGCCAUCUUCACCAUUUUGUUCGGUAUUGUGAAUGUGACAAUUUUCUCUCAGCCAUACUGGAUUGGCGAUGGCGUGGACACGCCACAGGCUGGCUACUUCGGCCUGUUUCACUACUGCGUCGGAGACGGACACUCCAGGGACCUGGUGUGUCAGGGGAGCUUCACUGAGUUCUCGGCGAUUCCCUCUGGUGCGUUCAAGGCCGCCUCCUUCUUCAUCGGCAUGUCCAUGAUGUUGGUGGUCACCUGCAUCGGCUGCUUCAGCCUCUUCUUCCUCCUCAGCACCUCCACCGUCUACAAGAUCUGCGGCUGGAUGCAGGCUGCCUCCGGAGUGUGCCUGGUCCUGGGCUGCAUGAUCUACCCUGAUGGCUGGGAUAGUGACACAGUGAGGAAGAUGUGUGGGGAGCAGACAGACAAGUACAGCAUCGGGGCAUGUUCUGUCCGCUGGGCCUACAUCUUGGCCAUCAUGGGCAUCCUGGACGCCCUCAUCCUCUCCUUUUUGGCCUUUGUCCUGGGGAACAGACAGGAUGGGCUCAUGUCCGAGGAGCUGCUGGCAGAAAGCAAGGGUGAGCAAGAGAGGCUCUGGCAAAAUGUCUGA